AUGGAUCUUCUGAUCGGCUUCGUUGAGGGAUUCUUGAAGCCAAGGAACGAAGAGGAUGCUUUCGAUCGGCUGAACUAUCAGGUUACACCGUUUCUGUUCAUAUUGUUCUCUUUGGUCAAUAUCAGCAAGGUAAGGUGAAUAACGAUAGACUUUUUAAAAAGAUUGUUAAUAUAAUGCUGAGUAAGGUUAUGAAUAAUAUGUUUGUAAACAAAACUUUUUAUUUUUAGUCGGAAUUUGCAAUUCGAUAUUCAAAAUGGCAAUUGUAAUAAUUUUAAAAAUAAUUUUAGGUAUACAUUGGCAAAGCAAUCAACUGUUUCACGAAAGCAGAGUUCAGAGGUGGAUGGGUGGAGUAUGCUCAUGAUUACUGUUUAAUUGAGAAUACCUACUACCUUAGGACUAAUGAGUCAAUUCCGAUAGAACAAGAACUGAGAGGAGAAAAGCAGCUCAACUACUACCAAUGGGUACCAUUCAUACUGGUACUACAAGCCUGCUCUUUCUACAUUCCUCACUUGAUGUGGAGGUCUUUCAAUUGGAUUACAGGUAAUGUUAUGUAAAGAAUGAGCCAAAAAGUUUAUGAAAAACCCAAAAUUAUAUUUUUUCCAAUUUAUAACGGUUUUCUAUUUACUUUUAGACCUGUACAUUUAUUUGACCUUUGUAAAGUUGUUUUAGGUGAGCUUUAUGUGGUAUGAUAAAUAAUUUACUUGUAGGCUACCAAAUCCGAGCAGUAACAUCAGCAGCCAAAGAGAGUUACACUCAGUCUUUUGAAGAUAAUACGGCAGUUGUACAGAAGAUAUCACGGUCUCUAUAUUACGCUAGUCAGCUGAAACAUAGGACUUUGAGGAUCUUAAAUGAGUAAGAUUUUUUUUUGUUAAAUUAAAAUUUAGAUGAUUUUGUAAACUUAAUAUAUUAAGUUGUUCACAUAAUUCUGUGCCUUCUCUCAAAGCAACUUUUCGGAGUUAAGGCACAUAAUUAUUUGAACAACCUAAUAGUUAGACUGAAUGUAAUAACUUGAGUUUUAGCCAGAUCUUUGUGACCGUCCUGUACAUGGCGAUGAAAUUCUGUUACCUCGGGCUGAUCGUCUUCCAUUUAUGGGUAUUCAAAUUGUUUAUCGGAUCCUUGGACUUUGCCUUUGGCAUAGUGCAACAGCCAGGAGAAUGGGAACAGACCGGCUUCUUUCCUAGGGUUACGGUCUGCGAUUUUACUGUAAGUUGUGAAUAAUAUAUGUAAAUAACAUAAUAAUAUGUUGAACACAAUAAUAUUCAAAACAUUUUUGGUAUAUUAUUUUUAAAAAAAAUUCUGUAGCUCAUAAAGGGUGAUGAUGGCCAGGACGGGCUAGGGCGGUUUGGAUUUUUGAUGUUAUACUGUUAUACAUUUAGAUCCUCCGUUACGGCCAGCCAAUGAACUACACCUUGGAAUGUGUGUUACCUCUGAACAUGUUCAACGAAAAGAUCUUUGUCUUCUUUUACUUUUGGCUGGUCUUACUGUUUGGCACUACAGUAUUCAGUAUACUGUUAUGGGUACAACGACUCAUCAAUAGAAGGGCCUUUUUCCAACGACUUCUGGACCUAUAUGUAAGUUUGGGUAUAAUAAAGUGCUCAAUAAUACAGUGGAAUUGCUUAGAGAUGAGUUAAUUUAUAUUUUCUAUUUACUUUUUGACCGUGCUAUAACAUAUAUAUACUCAUAUUAAGUUAUUACUAUCUAAACUAUAUAUUUAUAUACUAAAUAAUUGUAUAAUUUUUGUAAUUUCAGCAAAAGAACGAUCGCUCCGAAGUACGUGAAUGGGAUGUUUGGUACAGUGCGGUAAUUUUACUGCAUAUAAUGUUGUAUAUAGUAUAACUUAUAUUGUAAUAUUUUCAGAAAAGUACUCCUGACGGCGAAGUUUUACUACUGGAUUCGCUCAAAGUAAGCUUUCCAGUAACUAUCAAUCAGGUAUUCUGAAAAGUUGGCCAUUUUGGUCGAUUUUUUCAAAAGAAAUUUUGAGGAAUCCCUCCCAUUGGGACCUCGCGCCCAUUGAGACCCCGAGCCCAUUGAGACCCCAAAAGCCCAUUGAGACCUUGAAAGGAAAUUCGGCGGAGGGUCGGCGGAGACUUUAGAGGAUUCGGCGGUGGCUUUAGGAGGUGCGGCGGAGGCUUUAGAGGAUUCGGCGGAGGCUUUAGGAGAUUCGGCGGAGGCUUUAGGAGGUUCGGCGGAGGCUUUAGAGGAUUUGGCGGAGGCUAUAGGAGGUUAGGCGGAGGCUUUAGGAGGUUCGGCGGAGGCUUUAGAGGAUUUGGCGGAGGCUAUAGGAGGUUAGGCGGAGGCUUUAGGAGGUUCGGCGGAGGCUUUAGGAGGGUCGGCGGAGACUUGAGAUAUGGGCGCAGCUGCAAAUGAUGUCUUUUGCAGGCUGCAGUUUUGAUUUUGAGUGUAACAGCUACUAGAAACAAUAUUGAGUAUGAAAUAAGUAUUUUUAAUUGUAUUUUCAGCGUUCUCCUGAUGGUUUGCCGGCAAUUGACUUUGGUUACGACCUUCGAGUAGUGUUGGGUCUACUACAAGAUCACUCAGGCCUUUUGUUUAGUGCUAACGUGUUUCAUGAGAUGGUCAACUUAGUAAGUAGUGUAUAAGUGACGCAAAUUUUAAAAGUCAAAAAGUUUUUUUAUAUUAUUAUAAGAAAACUUUAUAAUUGACUAAUAAGCCCAUAAAGGCAGGAUUACCUAUAUAAAACUCCGAAUAACUAUUCAAAAGAUCUAUUUUCAAUCAUAUUUAUGCACUUUCACAUUACACUAAAACCAAAAAUAGUUUUUAUAAAUUCGAGUAAUCAAUUUCAGAAGUUGGCGGAUCAGCGGCUCAGCACGGGACAGUGA